AGCGGUGGGGCCGGCGGGCGCCGCAGAUCACGCAAGGCGAGGGGAGAGCUCUAGAGAGCGGCGAGCACAGGCCGGGGAUCCGAGCGCAGCCGAAAGCAGCCGGAGUCUGCGCCCCAGUUGCCAGGAUCCUUCUCCUCCGGCUCCAGCCGCUUCACCGAGAGGGCGCCCUCUCCUCCCGGGCCUGGUGGGGACUGCACUAGCCGCAGCCGACGCGGUCCGGGGCCGCGGGAUACCAAGGUGCGUCCGGAUAGCUCUGGGAAGGCGGCGUGCGCGCAGGACCCGCGACGGUGGCCUGCGGGCGGCGGUCUCCGGCGCGGCUCUGCAGGGUGCGACCCCCAGGCGCGCGGGGCGCUCGACCAUGAAGGCGCGGCCGCAGGUCUGCGAGGCGCUGCUCUUCGCCCUGGCUCUCCACACUGGCGUGUGCUAUGGCAUCAAGUGGCUGGCUCUAUCCAAGACGCCGGCAGCCCUGGCGCUCAACCAGACGCAGCACUGCAAACAGCUAGAGGGCUUGGUGUCUGCGCAGGUGCAGCUCUGCCGCAGCAACCUGGAGCUCAUGCGUACCAUCGUGCACGCUGCUCGGGAGGCCAUGAAGGCCUGCCGCAGGGCCUUCGCUGACAUGCGCUGGAACUGCUCUUCCAUCGAGCUCGCCCCCAACUACCUGCUUGACUUGGAGAGAGGUACCCGGGAAUCAGCCUUCGUGUAUGCGCUGUCGGCCGCUGCCAUCAGCCACGCCAUCGCCCGGGCCUGCACCUCUGGCGACCUGCCCGGCUGCUCCUGCGGCCCUGUCCCAGGUGAGCCACCCGGGCCUGGGAACCGCUGGGGAGGAUGUGCGGACAACCUCAGCUACGGGCUCCUCAUGGGGGCCAAGUUUUCCGAUGCUCCUAUGAAGGUGAAAAAAACAGGAUCCCAAGCCAAUAAACUGAUGCGUCUACACAACAGUGAAGUGGGGAGACAGGCUCUGCGUGCCUCCCUGGAAACGAAGUGUAAGUGCCAUGGAGUGUCUGGCUCCUGCUCCAUCCGCACCUGCUGGAAGGGGCUACAGGAGCUCUGGGAUGUGGCUGCCGACCUCAAGACCCGCUACUUGUCAGCCACCAAGGUGGUGCACCGACCCAUGGGCACCCGCAAACACUUGGUUCCCAAAGACCUGGAUAUCCGGCCUGUGAAGGACUCAGAACUGGUCUAUCUGCAGAGUUCACCUGACUUCUGUAUGAAGAAUGAGAAGGUGGGCUCCCACGGGACCCAAGACAGGCAGUGCAACAAGACCUCCAAUGGCAGCGACAGCUGCGACCUCAUGUGCUGUGGGCGCGGCUACAACCCCUACACAGACCGCGUGGUGGAGCGGUGCCACUGCAAGUACCACUGGUGUUGCUAUGUCACCUGCCGCAGGUGUGAGCGCACAGUGGAACGUUAUGUCUGCAAGUGAGGCCACGUGCUCCGCCCCUGAGUAGGGGCGCCUUUCCACUGUGGACCUGCUGAAGGGUCUGGAGACCCUGGUGGACUUCCUUACAAAUCCCAGAUGCCAGGCGUGGGAGGUGGCUUGUGCUGUGUCUUCACUUGGAAGCCACCAGAACAGGAGGCCUGGUCGCCCUGGGAAGGCUGGAGCAUCAAAGGAAACCGAUAGGAUUAAAAAUAACCUGGCAGCCUGGGCCCCUGAGUGCCCACAUGCUGCCUUCCAGCCUGCUCCAAGAAGCCAGGACAGGGAUGGGUAAGACUGUGUAUACUUGACCUUUCAAGGCCAUAAAGACCAGCCUUCUGGAAAGUUCUUCGGGACCCUGGGCCCACCACAUGGAACCACUAGCUUGGAUUGUAAAUUUUUUUUUUUCCUUUUUUUGCCCUUUUGGGAUGUGGGAGCUACAGAAAUAUUUAUAAAAUCCAGCUUUUUCUUUGGGGUG